UAUUUAUUUAACAGUGACAUAAGUAUACAAUUAUACGUAAUAAUCUCCAAAGCAAAUCAUAAAAUUUCCUCCUCAUUUAAAUCGGCCUUUAACUCCAUAACAGUGACUCUCAUAUUACACUAUCUGUCAUUUCAAUUCCCCUCGAUUUUUCUCAGCAAAAUUCUGCGCUGCCUUGGUAACAUAUUCCUGCGUAUUUCAAAUUCCAAAAUAAACAAUGAAUAUACAUUUAUUCCCUCGUAGCAGUAUUCCAUCGUAGAUUUUCCCUUUACGCGUAUUUCCUUUUGAAAUGAGAAUCCUCGAUCUUCUUAACCUAGUUCUCAUGAAGAACUGCCGUCGCCCGAUGUGUCCCGAUUGGGUACGAUCCUAGCUCUUUCGUCACGAGUGUAUAUACGGUACGUGACGGAACGAGUGUACGUACGUAUGUAUGUAUGUACGUGUUUUCGUGACCGAAUCCAUUUUCGUGUGUACUAUUACGCUGACAGAUGACCGACUAUCAGCAGCCGACGAUCCCGACGGAGUGAGGACCGGUGCGAGCGGCUCGACAUGGAGGCAGUGCCAAGGUUGCCGAUGAUAUGGUUCCAAGUGAAAGUCAGCCCGGAACCCACCACUUUCGGACCGAAGCUCAAACAGUACAUACGAGACUUUUACAAUGAGGAUCCGGAGUCUUACAGCAAUGAGAUGCACCAGCUGGAGAGCCUGCGCUCGAUGGCAGUGCGACCACCCGUUGACAUGGCGGGCUGCGUACUCCUGAAGAAAUAUUACUGCCAGUUGCACUUCCUGCAGAGCAGGUUUCCCAUGGGCAAGGAUGGCGUGGCCGCAGUUAUAUUCACAUGGCGAGACACGUACGCGAAUAUGGUGUGUUCGAUGGCCAACAUUCGUUUCGAGAUGAUAUCCAUUCUGUAUAACAUCGGAGCGAUACACAGCCAAUUGGGUGCGCGUACGGAGAGGAACAGUGCGGACGGCAUGAAAAUGGCGUGCACUCAUUUCCAAUGCGCAGCCUGGGCGUUUGAGCACUUGAAGAACAGCUAUCCUCAGCCGUCCGGCGUGGACCUGGCACCAGAAUUGAUGACCUUCAUGCAUCAGCUUUGUCUGGCGCAAGCCCAGGAAUGUAUAUUGGAGAAGAGUAUGCUGGACAAUCGUAAGCCGACCAUCGUAGCGAAAGUCGCACGGCAGAUAGUGGAUUACUUUACCAUGGCGCUAAACACGCUGGAACAAGGUGGCAGCGAAGAUGGGACCGUAUCGGAUACUGUGGGUACCAAGAUAUACAAGAGUUGGAAACGUUACGUCAAGUUUAAGAAGGCAUACCACUUGGCCGUCACGUAUCUUUACCAGGGCCUCGCUGCUGAAGAGCAGAGGAAAAUGGGAGAGCGGGUAGCCUUUUACAACGCCGCGUUAGCGUCUCUCAAUGAUGCACAUGCGAUCUACGACUUUGCGAACGUGAAAGAAGAAAAAGCCGCAGUGGAGGAAUCGCUCACCUUCACGAACGACGUGAUAGAAGGCAAAAGAAAAGCGGCUAAAAACGAGAAUGAGUUUAUCUAUCACGAGGAAGUGCCAGAAAAAGAAACCUUGCCCACGGUGAAAGGCGCUUCCUUAGUUAAGGGAAUAUCGUUCAAUAUUAAUGAUCCGGAGGUGUCAGGGCAGGAUAUAUUCGCGAGAUUAGUUCCCAUGAAGGUACACGAAGCUAGUUCUCUCUAUUCCGAAGAGAAAGCCAAGAUAUUGCGUUCUGUGGGAACGAAAAUUGAAGAGAAAGAUCAGUAUCUCAAUACUUAUUUGACUUCUUUAAAAUUGGAACACAUGAACCUGUGGGAUCUUGAUGCGCAAACUCCGGAAUGGGAAUGCUUGCCCCUACCAGAAGAAUUAGUCGAACGAUGCGCGGCGCUCAACGCAAAACCGAACGUCAUUCAGGAUCUGGUAGAUAUAAUGGGGAAAUUGUCCGAGACGAGCCAAGAUGUCGAGAGAGUGUUGAAAGAAAUAUCAAAACUUCUGUUGGAUGAAGAACAGAAAGAGAAGCAAUACCAAGAUGCAGUGGGCAAAAGGCCACCGUCGAUAGUGGCAACAGAUUUGACUAGGGAAGCUAAAAAGUACGAGGAAGCUCACAACAAGGCCUCUGAGAGCAAUCAGGCUCUUCAUAAAGCAAUAACGAUGCACGUAAAGAACCUAAAAAUUCUCUCACAGCCAUUGGCUGAUUUAAUGGCGCAUGUCCCGUCACCGAGCACAUAUCUCUCAGAUCAAAGUUCUGAAAAGUCUCAGAGUGCAAGGGAAAUAGAAAAAAUGCAUACGAAAGAACUGAAACGUAUUCUAAAUAAAGUGGACGAAAUGCGAAUGCAGAGGCUCGACUUGCACACGAAAUUACGAGACCAGAUCGCACAGGAUGAUCUAACACGCUUAUUGGUCACGGCGACAUCUGAAUCCGCUCCUUUGGAUCGUCUGUUUGCAGAUCAGCUUGGCAAGCAUCAAAGUUUGGUGAGCUUGAUAGAGCAGAAUCUUGCCGCGCAGGAUAACAUACUGGCGGCUUUGACAGACGUGUACGCACAGACUGCCAACGUGCGGAAGAACGUCGAUGAAGUACUGAAACGCAGAGAAAUCACGGUAUCCUCCUUAGUAGCGUCGUACGACGCGUACGAGGACUUAUUGGCGAAAUCGAGUAAAGGUUUAGAAUUCUACCGGAAAUUGGAGAUAAAUGUCUCGAAGCUAUUGCAACGAGUCAAGAGCACGUGUAAGGUGCAGGAAGAGGAGCGAGAGCAAAUACUCGCGCAGGAUAACAAGAACACGUACGAAAAGACUGAUACCGUACCAUCCACUUAUGAUCCGGGACGUACUCGAUCCAGUAACGGUCCGAAAUUGAAAGACUACUUGAACAGCAGGGUGGAAGGCGGCACCGGUUAUCAAAAUCCGUACUAUAAUUUGUACAAGGGACACGCUGCGACGAUGCAGAUGGACUCGGUAGCGAAAUCAUUGGUGAGCGACGUCGCGGACAAGAUGCAAUCCCCAACGGUGGCUGCGUCGGAAGUGCCCUCCUCGUCCGUGAAAUCGUCGCAGCAUUACUAUUCCGCGACAUAUGCUGAUUAUAGAACGAACUCGUACGCGUACGGUGCUCAGAAUUACUACGAAAACCCGAUUGCCAGCAGCACCCUGAACCAGAACUACCUGCCGGCCAGCAACACGAACGCCGCGAACAUCUACCAGCAACCAGUCGCGCCGGCUGCGGACGCGUCCGGUUCGAACAUGCAAUAUCCCGCCAAUUCCUACCUACCGAACGGACAAGCUCUACCCACACCCGCUGCUGGACAAGAGAAAUUCCGCACUGCUACGCGUUCCAACUAUGGUGUCUCCAACACCGCUCUGCAAUAUGAUGCUUACCAGUCUCCAGCGGGCUACGGCAGCUAUAAUAUCGCGACGCCAUAUACAUCUAAUCAAGAAAACUCUGCUAUUGCUGCUGCUGGGAUCAAGGGCGCAACAACGGAGAUACCUCCAAAUCUUCAAAAGGUUCAAACAAUACCGCAGAUGCCUACUUCUACGAUCAACGCCGCGAGUAGCGGCGGCGCGGCGACCAAUGAUCAGAGUCGAGCUUACGGCGUUGCGCAAUCGGGUCAGCAGAGAACAGCUUUGAACCAGGAGUUGCCUCUCGGUGGCCAAAGUGCCGUUAGGCCUCAGACACUGCCAACGAAGGACAGCACGCUGAUGCCGAACUACUCGCUGCCUCAAACCGGCACUCAUCCUGCUGACAUGGCGUACCCGCAAAACUAUCCGAGUACCGCGUAUUAUAGUCCAGCAGACCCGCAGACCCAGCGAGUCCCGUAUACUCACGGCACGUAUGACGCGAGCACGGUCGUGCCACCAACGCAGUACGCGCAAUCGCAGCAACCGGCCGCGAGCAAUCAGCAGCAACCCGUGCCGCACUCGGUAACGCCAGCGAAUGAAAUCGCAGCGGCGUACUCGGCAUCGAGCUUGCACGGUGUUAAUCCUGUCCAGUAUCCGCAACAACCCGGCGCGGAACGGAGCAAACACAACUACGCGGACAAAGCGUCGUGCGGUUACGGUACGACGCAGGUGAAUCCCGUCGCGUCGAAUUACCCAAGUACUUAUCAGAAUUAUCAGGCUGGCACCGUGACCGACACGCCGUAUCAGCAGGGCAACGCGUUACCCACGGACGCGUCCAGUACCUAUGCGUAUUUGAACAGCUCGAACAGCACGGAAAUGAUACAGAGCCACGUGAAGUCGACCACGGUGCCGAGUUACACGCAAUCGUAUCAGUACUCGCAUCAGGGUCCCUACUCGGGAUACGCGCAGUAUCCGAGUUACUCGCAGGGUCAGAGCUAUGCUUACAUGCCGAGCGCUCAUGGAACGAAUGCGAUGGCGUACACGUAUAAUACGGCUAAUCAAGCGCAAGGCUACGCUUACGCACCCAAUUCUCAAAACGUGCAGACUACUCGAGCGUUGGAAGCGACCGCCUCGACGACGACGGUCUCUGACGUCACGGCCAGCGGUGUUUAUCAGCAGCAAGAAACGAACGCGAGGUACACGAACGCGGGCAACAACGCCGUGGUCAGUCAGACACCGUCCUCGCAAUACAGUCCAGCGUACUCGCCUCAAGCGGGAAGCGACACGUAUUACACCACGCCGUACGGUCUUCAAAUGCAGGGUCAAACUGGCUCGGUCACAAGACCUGAGAAUUAUACCAAUUACAAUCAGACGUACAUGCAGGCGGUCAAUAAUGGGACAAGCACAACGACAAGCGCGAAUCCGAUGAAGCUCACGACUAAAUCCGACGAACCGAAAUCAAACGUCGAUCUUCUUGCCGACCUCGACAUCACCAUAAACCAUGCACCUCUUGUGCCAGAGGUGCGACCUCUUUCCACCGUGCAGAAGAAGGAGGAGACUGAUCGAUCUACAGAAAAUGGCAAAGCAGAAAAAAACGAACAAGAGAAAUGUCAAAAGACUGAACAGGAAGCGACAGCUUCCACCGAAGAUAAAAGUGACCACGAAAAUUUGCAAAUCGUAUGGGACACUUGGUACAACGACGUUCAACCGAAGAAAGAUCCUCUUGGAGAACCGGCAACGUUGCAAAAGUUCGUUAACGACGUGGAGAAAUACGAGAAGUUUGUAGAUAGUUUACUUGUGAAGACACUAAGCGGAGCUACGAAUCUUGAUAUCAAGUGGAAGGAAGUUCAAGAUUUCGAGGAACGAGAAAAUGGAAAACAGUCGAGCACCGUGGCAUUGGCUCAUUCAUCCGAAAACCGAACAGUGGAUUGCAUUCCGUAUGAUACUACAAGGGUCCAGAUAUCUUCAUCGGAUGUCUCGUCGUACAUAAACGCAUCUCACAUCAUGGAAAUCACACAGUGGAUACCUACAGCAUUUAUCAUUACCCAGACACCUUUGCCGGACAAAUUAGAUGUAUUUUGGACGAUGGUCUGGGAACAGGAGAGUGAAGUUAUUGCAUGUUUGGCGUCCGAUGCUCAGCUCAACGCGGAGCUAUAUUGGCCCAUAAACGAAGAGAGUAAUUUAGAUAUAGGCAAUUUCACGAUUUCGCUAAAGAAAAUAGUUAAUCAUACAACUUACAUUCAACGGACGCUUUCCGUGCAACACAACAAAAAGAAAUCGGAAAGAAUCAUUGUACACAUGCAGUUUCUCGUGUGGCCUUCUAACGGUUUUCCAAGUAGUCCUGGAGCUCUGCUGGCAUUUUCAAGCGAUGUGAUGACGGAACAAGCAUUACGACGUUGUUCACCCAAGCCCGUAGUUGUACAUUGUUUGGACGGCGGCUCGCUGAGCAGCUUGUUUUUGGUAGCAGCUGCAACAGUAUGCCACAUUCGAGCGGGUUGUGGAAUUAUAGACGUGCCACUGGUCUUUAAAGGGCUUGCAAAGUGUCGCAAACAAGUUGUGAAUAAAGAAUCGUUGUUAUUUGCCUAUAGACUAGUAUUGUACCACGCUCAAGAUAUUUUAAUGAAACGCGGCAUUUUGUCAUCUACUCGAUCCACAUUUGAAAAUUUUGACGGAUUUAAAGGGAACAAGGAGAAGACAUUAAGGAAAGUGCAGUGCCACCCAUCGGAUGAUUUUCUUCAUAAUCUCGGCGUGGGAAUGCACCGUACUGAUCCCGAACAACAAGGGAAAACACAAGCGACAAGUGACACCAUGUCAAGUAAAGGUUCAACAUCAUCGCAAGAAAAACCUAAUGGCGGAGUCAUCGAUCCCUUGAGUCAGUUGGAUCCUUUGUGGUCUAUUAGAAGAUAAUUACACAACGCUAGGAAUGUAAAUUCCUCUAUGCAGCUUUAAACGGACGAUUAUUUAAACGAAAUAGCCAUUCCUAUCUUUGUUAAAGUGAUUGAGAAAACACCGAUAUAGAAUUUUUAAGAUAGCUUGUAUAAAUAAUGUUAUAUAAUGGCAUAAUAAGAAGAGGUAAUAUCUCUCUAAAUUAGCCUUGAAAUAAAAUACAUUUAUUCAAGUAUUUGCUAAUUCUUAAGUUUUAACGCGGUUUUACAGUCUGUUAAAUAUAUAGAAUAAAAAAUAUAAAACAC